UCUUUGUCGGUCCAGACCGAUUUGCCAAGGGAAAACCCUCCCCGUUAUCUUUCUUCCCCCCUUUCAACUCCGGCGAUGCUCCUCCUCUACUGCCGCCCCUUCCCCUCUCCCUGUCCUCCACUCCGCCGCCUCCUACGAUGCCGCUGCACCUAUUCUUCCGCCUCCUCCUCCAUUGCUCCGUAUCACCAAUCCUUCGCCCGUCGCAUGGCCCUCGCAGGCAUCCACCCCCACCACCGCAUUGGUACGCCGCUCCCCGCCGCCUCCACUUGCUACUUCGAAUCCAGUGCCCUCUUACGCGUGUGGGGAAGGAAGAAAUACCGGUUGGGGUAUCGGGUGGGCCGGACUCUACGGCGCUGUGCGUGCUGACGGCGGCUUGGAAGAAGGCGGCGGAGGGCAGGUCCGGGAGGAAGUCCGAGGGAUUCGUGGAGGGGCUCUUGGGGGUCGUGGUAGACCAUGGGCUGCGGCUCGAGAGCGCCGACGAGGCGCAGCUAGUGCGUGACCGGGUGCACGGCAUGGGUGUUAUGUGCGAAAUUGCCAGAUGUGAGUGGCCUAAUGGGCGGCCAAACCUAGGGCAUCUGCAAGAGGCAGCCCGCGAAAUGAGGUACCAAAAACUGUUGGACAUUUGUAUAAAGCAGCAAAUAGGGGUGUUGCUUAUUGCACACCACUCUGAUGACCAGGCAGAGCUCUUUGUUCUGAGAUUAUCUCGCAACAGCAGGGUUCUAGGUCUUGCUGGUACAGCCUUUGUGUCCCAAUUGUUUGCACCUAAUUUAAAAUAUGAUGGACAUAAUUUUUGUCGUUAUGGCAUCCUUCUUGUUCGGCCCAUGCUUGACUUUUCAAAAGAUGACAUGUAUAAGAUAUGUCAAGGAAGUAAUCAUUUGUGGGUUGAAGAUCCAACAAAUAAUAGUAUGCAGUAUGCCAGGAACCGCAUUCGAGCAUCUUUGAGAUGUUUAUCCACAGAAGGUACCUUUCAGUCAGAACUUCAGAAACUGAUAUACGCAUGCCGGUUGACACGAGCGUGUGUCGACAAUGCCUGCAGUAUGGCUGUCAAGCAGUCUAUCACAAUAACGGAGUAUGGGUAUGCUGUCAUUGACCUAGAAAAACUUGAUGCGCAAAAUGUUGAUGAUCUUUCUCUUUCACAAUAUUUAGCUUGUGUAUUACAGUUUGUUUCACAGAGGCACAGGCCAAUCCGUGGCAGAUCUGCUCGAUUGUUCAUGGACUACAUUCGUAAUACACCUUGCAAGGGUGCCCUUACUGUAGCUGGUUGUUACCUUUGUGCUUUUCCGAAGUCUAAAGGUACAAAAGUGCUAGUCUGUUCCUCUGUUGACUCGAUGGAGUCAUUUUCUGUUGAGAUGUCCUACAAGUGUUCCUAUGAAGAACAGCCUUCACCAGUACCUGAGAUUGAUCAGAUAGCACGUGAAGCACGCGUACACUCCAACGAUUUUUUACAGUGCUCAAGCAUACCUUUUGUGAAUUAUAGUUCUUCUACUGAUGUUCUGAAUAGAGCAAAGGAUCACAAUAUAAUAGGUGAUUUUGUGUUAGAAAAACUCCUUUACCUGCAAACAGAAGAGCAUCAGAAUUUUUUUGCAACAAAACAUAAAAAUGAAGAACAGUACUUGGAGAAAACAAACUUUCCUGAUGUGAAAGUUCUUUUUCUCUGGCCUGGUGAAACAUGUCACUUUAUGAGCAAGUUCUUGAUUACAUGGAAUGCUUUGGAGGUUGUUUCAAAUGGAAUAUGCUCACAAGACAGUAAAAACCUCCUAUGCCAGCAUUGUGCAGUGAAUCAGGAUGGAAGUCUUGCAGUUCGUCACAUGUUUGAUACCGAUUGGUUGUUCCUUGCUGAAGUUUCUAAAAUCCGCUCAAUGGAAGAGAAUCAGAAUGUCUCAAAAGUUUCCAUUAAUAAAUUGGAGGAUGAUGGACUCAUGAAGCACUCUAGAUAUUUACAGUUAUCAGCAAUGAAAGCUCUUGAGGUCCUGAAAUCUAUUCCAGCUUCUGCAAGACGAACACUGCCAGUAUUGACCAAUUCUCAAGGUGACGUACUGAGCAUACCAAGUAUUGGCUUCCAAUGUUGCCCAAGCCUGUCAAUCAAAGCAUUAUUCCAUCCAAGAGUACCACUUGGUGGGGGAUACACUUCAUAUUUAUGAUGGCUCGAGCUUUACUUUUGGCAAAAAAAGAGGACUUAUCAAGGACAUUGAGAUAUGAGCAACUUCCAGUAUUUCAGAAAUACUAUUGGUGUUGAAUUGCUACUGUCUGAACCUUGGCAACUCUGGGCGUGCUAAAUGAAUGAUUGCACGCCACAGUAUUGUGCAGACCGAUGGGGAACUUGGACUGCUGUAGAGCAUAUGCCUGUUCAUAUUGCAGAGGAAGACCAUCUUUUGGCUCAAUACCUGUAACUUACGAACGAGUUGCAUCGAGAUUCAAGGUGUGCAAGAGCUACAAACAUAUGCUAACCAGCUUGAAAUUAGGAUGGGAAUUGUACUAAAUGAUAAUAUCCAGUGGCGGUGAUGAAUCACUACAUCAAUUACAGGGGAUUUUGUUCAGACACUUACUGAACGUCAGGAUGACAAAGAUUGUAGUCUGAUGGUCGAUUUGUGAAUGCGGUUCAGGUUGUUAUGGGGCAGUAGCAACUUCAGCUCUAACCUUCGUGGGCUUGUGCUAGGUGUUCUGGGAUGAAGCCACUGUCAAAGUGCUGAGAAUUUAUUGGCGAUACCACUGAGAAGUCAGUAAGUCACUGAGGAGGUAAUUUGGCUUUGCUAACUGGGAGAGGCAUAUAGGCCAAAUCGUCAAAGAUAAUUGGAAUAGGUUGAAACUACUACUGAGAGAGGCAAGAGUUAUCAGUCGGAUUCUACUCAACUAAAUGUCAUGGGUACUAAAACAGCUGCAGUUUUCACCAACGAUUGGUGCCAAUAUAUAUAUUUCAUACCCUCAGUUUCUCAACAGUGUUAGGGUUAUUGUGAUCUGUUGUAGUGGGACACUGAUGACCUUAGCCCUAAGGGUGCAAGCGGUGGCCCGCUAGAACCUGCAUCGUGCUUUUCAACAUGCAGAUCCUUGGUGUGUCUAGAUUUUUUUUACUAAUUCUGCA